AUGGAUUCAAGAAAAAAAUCUACGACUCAAAAAGAAUCAUUGUCAUCAUUAGCAAAUUUUUAUUUACUUAUCUAUAAUAGUAUUCUUACUGUUGGAUGGGCAUAUAUUUUAUAUGAAAUAGUAAAACAAGUAGGUUCUUAUAAGUCAAUAAGUGAUUUAUGGGAAUGUCGUGGAUUAUGGAAUGUUAUUGAAUUACCACUUAAAAUUUGUCAAACAGCUGCUUUUCUUGAAAUCGUACAUGCUAUGCUUGGUCUUGUUCGAUCAAAUCCAAUGAUUGUUUUUGUUCAAAUUUUUUCUCGUGUUUUUCUUGUUUGGGGUGUAGCUAAUUAUAUUCCACAAGCUCAACUUUCACUUGGUAUUUUUUUGGCAGUAACAGCAUGGAGUAUUACAGAAAUUAUUCGUUAUUCUUAUUAUACACUUAAUUUAUUUCAAGCUGCUCCUCAAUUACUUACAUGGUGUCGAUAUUCAUUUUUUAUUGUACUCUAUCCAUUGGGUGCAACAGGUGAAAUUUUAACAAUAAUAAAAGCAAUGCAAAUAAUCUAUCCAGAAGCAAUUCGAAAUCGAUAUUCAAUUCUUCUACCAAAUAAAUUCAAUUUUGGUUUUGAUUAUUUUUAUUGGCUUAUGAUUGUUCUUUUUAUGUAUACAUAUUUUCCAACAAUGUACAAGCAUAUGUUUAAACAACGAGCUAAAACACUCAAUACUUCAUCAUCAAAAAAAGUUCAAUAA